AUGGAUUUUAACACAUUAGAUUUACUUCAUACAAAAUGCAAAGAUACACUACAGAAGCUGCUGAGGCCUCAUUACUUGGCAUUAAUACCUAAAUGGAUAGCAGAGGCGUCUCCUUCUUCUUUACGAGGUGUCUCCUUUUUAGGGACAAUCUUAGCAGCAGAUAAUUUCCAUGUCUUCGAGACGACUACCCCAUCUGCUUUGCACGAUUGUUGCGGCCCCGUUUGCAAAGAUGCUGCAGGAGGAGGCUCUCCGCAGGCAGGCUUGAAGAAUGGCAAUCUUAUGAAACAGACAUCGCCAAGAAAUGGAAAGUCGCACAAACCCUCGGAGAGACCCAAGAACCAAUAA